UAUUAAUGUGUGCGUUAUUACUGAAAGAACAUUUUAUCGACACCAACAACAGUAUUUACAGCCAGCCACAAUGCAGGUGUGGAAAAGGAAAAGGCAAAACAUAAUGGACGAAAUAAGAACACUUGGGGCUCCAGUUGUUCUAGGUGGUGAUGCAAGAGCUGAUAGCGUAGGCCAUUGUGCAAAAUAUGGGUCAUACACUCUCAUGGAUCUCAACAGAAACAAAGUGAUUGACAUACAACUUGUACAGAAAAAUGUGGUAGGUGGCAGCUAUCAUAUGGAACUAGAAGGACUUAAGUUGGGAGUGGCUGCAAUUGGAAUGGAGCAACUAAAAAUCCAAGCUCUUGUGACUGACAGGCAUGCACAGGUUGCCAAAUGGAUCAGAGAGAACCUAAAAGACAUUCAACAUUAUUAUGAUGUGUGGCAUGUUGCUAAAAGCCUUGGAAAAAGAGUAAGAGCCAUCGGGAAAGAAAAGGAUUGUGAAGUGGUGCAGGAGUGGGCAAGAAGUAUUAACAACCAUGUUUAUUGGGUAGCUUCGUCCACACCUAGUGGAGAUAGAUGUGUAUAA